CAUUUCAUAAUCUUCUUUUCAUAACAGUUUAGGAGAGAGAAUAGGAACAAAGGGAGGGUACAAAAAAAGAGAGCAGAAAAGAGUGGAUGAGCAACAGUCGAAUUGUGAACACUACCAUUGGUGUGGGUCGGAGUGGGCAGGCAGCAUCAUUCAAAGCCGCAGCAGAUGUUGCAACAUAUGCUGCAGCAAAUGUUGCAGCAAAUGUUGUCAUUUCUUUGCCACAAAGAUAUCUGGCAGCCGUGGGCAGUGGUGGCCUGGCAACUUUGGGCAGCGGUGGCCUGGCAGCUGUGGGCAGUGGUGGCCUGGUAGCUGUGGGCUCCGUUGGCCUGGCGGCUGUGGACUACGGUGUGAAAUAUUGUGCUAGCCGGCUGAAUUCAGAUAUUGGGGUGCGUAGUGAUGCAGUAAUAGUUCCAGUGGAAGAACUUUGUAUCCGGAUCCGGCAUGCCGACAAUGUGUCCAAGGAGGAUUAAUUGUUAUUGUCCAAGUAUAAACUUAUUAUCCCUCUCUACUCUUGGAAAUGACUCCUUAAAAAUUGCCUGCAAGUAUUUAAGGUUGAUGGAUGGUGUGCAUCAUCUAUUAUUUACCUGGAGAUUGUUGUGAUAUUUAUGUUAAGUGGAUGGAACCAAAUAUUGUUCUCGGUUUGAUUGUACAUCUUUGUUGUAUAAUGUACUUUCCCCUUUGCAUUUUAACUAUUUCUCUCAUUUCAAAGCCUGUGAAAAUCAAGUUAAUCACGAAUU